AUGAGCCUCUCCAAAGACACAGGAAAUCGCUUUUUACCCUCUGAAAUGAUUGGCAUGGACUACGGCUGUUGAAGGAGGCUUCUCGCUAACAACUUUCCGAGAACAAUUAGUGAUCGGCAUCGCCUACUUGGCACGAAUACACGCCCUGUGAUUCAGGUAGCCCUAACCGAUAUAAACCACGACGAGGCAGUUUAGAUAUCUUUACACUCGGUUUCUGGUGAUUCUGUAAAAUGGGGUCCGUGUGAAAAUUCUUGAACUUCGCUGCGUCCUGCCUGAUCGCUAUCUCCAGGACCAGACUUCCUCGGACGCUCAAUAUCGGCUUAGAAAGUUUUGGAUAUUCGUCUUAAUAUGGAAGGUUUUGGAUGGGAAAGCCGAGCACUUGUCCCAUUUCUCUUUGGAAUUAUCAUCAGUUUGCUUUGUACCAUCACUCAGUCAGCUAAUCUAUUAGUUGUACCUGUCGAUGGAAGUCAUUGGAUCAACAUGAGAAUUCUCUUGGAGGAACUGAAACCUCGUGGACACAACUUCACGGUGAUUUAUAUUGAGGAAAGUUGGUAUAUCAAUGAAAGGCCCAACCUAUAUCAAUCUAUCGUAAUUCCACUGAAAAACAUUGAAGUAAAGGAUAUAGUUGAAAUAUAUCUUCAUAAAACACUGCAGCUUGGGCAGGAUGGGUGGAGCUUCAGUGACAAUAUUGAGUUCCAAUCUGUAAUUCUACAACUUGUGCAGCGCUGUCAGAAGAUUUUCCAUUUGACUACUAGUGAAAUAUUUCAAAACAAAACAUUACUAAGCCAACUUGAAAAGGCAAACUUUGACCUGGUGCUUUCAGACCCUUUUUUUGUUACUGGAUCAAUGCUUGCUUAUUAUUUAAAACUUCCUUUGGUGUAUAAUGUUCGAUGGUUAGAAUCUGGUGAGGCUCACUUCUUGUUUGUCCCAUCCCCCCUUUCUUAUGUCCCAAUCUUAGGCUCAAACCUAACAGACAAAAUGUCCUUUCUUCAAAGAACACAAAACUUCAUCCAACAUCUAAUCUUUCAAUCCAUUGUAGAACUUACCAUUUAUCCCAAAUACAAUGAGCUCUGUCAUCGAUAUUUGGGUCCAGACACAGAUAUCAAGACAAUUCUGCUGAGGGCUGAUGUGUGGCUGAUGAGAGUCGAUUUUGUACUUGAAUUCCCAAGACCCACCAUGCCAAAUAUUGUCUACAUUGGAGGCUUCCAGUGUAAACCAGCCCAACCACUAGCGGCAGAGUUUGAAGAGUUUGUUCAAAGCUCAGGAAAGCAUGGACUUAUAGUGAUGUCAUUAGGAUCUUUUAUCCAUUCCUUGCCAAAGCAGAUUACAAUGGAAAUAGCUGAGGCAUUUGCUCAAGUACCCCAGAAGGUGAUUUGGAGAUAUGAUGGAGAAAUCCCUCCCAAUGUAGGUAAUAAUACACUACUGAGAAAAUGGAUCCCUCAGAACGACCUUCUGGGUCACCCCAACACCCGAGUCUUCAUUUCGCACGGUGGUACCAAUGGUAUUUACGAGGCCAUCUACCACGGGGUGCCAGUGAUUGGCAUGCCUCUAAUUUUUGAUCAGUUUGACAAUUUACUUCGACUUGAAUCCCGAGGUGCAGCAAAGGUGCUUAAUGUUGCAACCAUGCACUCCACAAAUCUAUUGCAGGCACUUCAUGAGGUGAUAAAUGGCACAUUUUACUGGGACAACAUGAAGAAACUCUCUGCCCUCCACCGGGACCAACCAGUGUCCCCAAUGGAGCGAGCCGUUUUCUGGAUUGAGUACGUUGCCCGACACAAAGGAGCAGGACAUUUGCGUUCUGAAUCCUACCGACUGCCCUGGUAUGCUUACUAUUGUGUGGAUGUGAUGGUCUUACUGUUGUCCAUGUUACUCAUGGCAAUAGUGCUGGUGGUUGUAGCACUGAAGAGACUUUGUCACAUUGCAUGGAAGAAAAAGCAAAAGAAUGAAUAA